GCCCCCGCGGCGUGAGGGAUGUGCGGUGGCGGCGGUAGCGGCGGGGGCCGCCCGGGCGGGCCAUGGUGUGAGGUGUGCGGUGCGCGCCGCCAUGAACGGGAUGGCCCCGCCGCUCUUCGAGCCCAAGGAGCGGGUGCUGCAGCUGGGCGAGACCUUCGAGAAGCAGCCGCGCUGCGCCUUCCACACCGUGCGCUAUGACUUUAAGCCUGCAUCUAUUGAUACCGCUUGUGAAGGAGACCUUGAAGUUGGCAAAGGUGAACAGGUGACGAUAACACUGCCGAAUAUUGAGGGCUCGACUCCACCAGUGACAGUGUUCAAGGGCUCGAAGAAGCCUUACCUAAAGGAAUGUAUCUUAAUUAUCAAUCAUGACACUGGAGAAUGUCGUCUAGAGAAACUUAGUAGCAACAUCACUGUGAAGAAAAUCAGAGCUGAAGGAAGCAGUAAGGUUCAGUCUCGUAUAGAACAGCAACAGCAGCAAAUCCGGAACUCAUCUAAGACUCCAAACAACAUCAAAAAUUCCCCACCAAAAGACAAGAUGUUUCCAUCUUCUCCUAUGGAUGACAUUGAACGAGAACUAAAAGCAGAAGCCAGCAUCAUGGAUCAGCUGAGUAGCUCUGACAGUUCAUCUGACUCCAAAAGUUCUUCCUCCUCUUCAUCAAGUAGUGAAAAUAGUUCCAGUGAUUCUGAAGAUGAGGAAGCAAGACCCUCUCUUCCCAUGUCAAUGCCAUAUCUGCAGCCACAGCCUACUCUGUCUGCCAUACCACAUCAGGCUGUCCCUGACAAAGAUGCCAGUCAUAACAGAUCCCAGGAGAACAGUGGUCAUAUGAUGAAUACACUACGUGAUGCUGUCUUAUUCCACCAAUUCAACCAACUAAAACUGUCACUUGAAGAGUAGCUGCUGCUGUGUUCUUCAAGAAGUGGUUGCUGCACAGCUUGGAAUAUGUUGCUGAGUGUCGUCCAAAAAGGAGAGUUUGGACAGAGGAGGGAGAAAAAAUCAGUAGGCAGUGUCUCAAGUUUGCUACCUAAAUCUGCAGGAGUAUUCAGGUGUGGAUGUUGUAAGCAUUCAACUGUUUGAAAACAAGUAUGUUUUUAAUUAGGUGUUUAACUGCAGGCUCACACUAUGAAGAGAUUCCUGUAAAAUCCUACUGUAUUGCCCAAGAUCAUUAAGGCUUAUCAUUUAUAUGUAAACUGGUUAUAUUGAAAUUUCAGACUCUGGCUGGCCUACUUUUUUUUUCAGCACCUAAUAGAUAACAUGAACAGGUUUGGUGGUUGUUUUUUUUAGUGUUGUUUUUUGUUGUUGUUUUUGUAGCAGGUAUUUAAAUACUUAAAUAUCUGUGGUUACUGUGUUAUCAGAGAUAAAAUCAGAUGGAAAAGUCUUGUGACUUCAUGUUCCAAGAACUAAAUGCUAUCUUCAUUUUACUGUCAAUGUAGAAAACAAUGCCUUAGUUUGUAGUUUGUGUGACUUCAAAAUAUGCCAUUUAUUUCAACCCUCAUCCACAAAUGAGAUUUACCAUUGUUCAUUUUCAUAGCAGCUUUAAAUAAAGCAUGAGAUGAAGCUCUUCCUCCUGUGACAGAAUCCCAGCUGUCGAAACUUCCACUGAGAAACACUCUUAGGAGUACAGGUGGCCAACUCUACUAGUUCCAACAGUCAUAGUGAGAAAAUGCUGCUUGAAACAUGACAACAUCAAAGCCAUCACAGAGGAAGUUGAUGACUUAGUGCUUAAGAACUACGUAGACAGGUGAAACGUUCUGUUUGUAGCAUCAAGCCUUGGGCUUAACUAGCUUGCAUAGCUAUUUAGCUUAGCUCUAAAUUGGAGAGACCUGAAUUUGACAGAAGUCUUUCUUGGUAGGUAAGGAAUUAACUGGAUGAUUACAGAGUUGUGGCCAGCAUCUCUGUGAUGUUGUGACAAGUGAUGCUCCUCAGGUGUUGAUGUUGAGACUGAUUUUUAACAUAUUCGUCAGUGUCAUGGACAAUGGAACCAAGUGCACCCUUGGCAAGUUUGCUGAUGACUGCACCACACAGCUUGGCAUCAACACCCUGAAGAGAAGGGAUGCCAUCCAUAAUGACCGUGACAGGCUUGCGUGGUAGGCUUGUGCAUACCUCAUGAAGUUCUGCAUGUUGAUCAGUGUAAUCUCCAGCACAAAGGCUGGAUGGAGAAUGCAUUGAAAGCAGCCUUAAGGAGAAGUACUUGCAGUUUUCAGAAUCUUAGAACAUCCUAAGUUAGCAGGUACCUGUAAGGAUCAUUUAGUCCAACUCCUGGCCCUAGACAAGACCACAGAAGAUCAGACUGUAUGUCUGAGAGGCAGUUCUUGAACUCUGUCAAGCUCAGUGCCAGGACAGCUUCCCUGGGUAGGUUAUUCCAGUGUCUGAACACCCUCACAGUGAAGAACUUUUCCUGAUAUCUAACCUGAAUGUCCCAUGUUGCCACUUCAUGCUGUUCCCUUGGGUUCUAUCAUUGGUCACCAUAAAGAGGAGAUCAGCACCUGCCCUUCCUCUCCCAUUCGUAAGAAAGCUGUAGGCUGUGAUGAGGUCUCCCUUCAGUCUCCUCUUUUAUAGGCUGAACAGGUUGCCCAGAGAGGCUGUGGAUGUUCUAUCCCUGAAGAUAUUCAAUGUCAGGUUGGAUGGGGAUUUGGGCAAUAUGAUCUGGUGGGUGGCAGUCAUGCCCGAUGCAGACAGAUUGGAACUGGAUGAUCUUUAAACUCCUUUCCAGCCUGAUCCUGUGAGGAUCCCACUUUUAUUUACUACUUGAUUCUAUACCUAACUUGAGUACUGCUAACAUCUGAAAUACGCUUCAACUACACAAAGAUUGAGAAAGUCAUUUUGAAGGAGAAUGCAUUUCCUCUAGCUCCCUUGGUGAGGAAAUUUGGCAGGAGAGGGUAAAUAACAGUGAAACCUGGAGACACUAAAUGAAUAGCACGUGGUUCUAGCUUGAAUGACAGGAUUUCUCUGUUGGGGUCCUGUACAGUCAUUUCUUCCAUCUCAAAUGUUUUUCAAAAUAAAACUCUGAAGCAACAAAUGUCAGCACAAACAAAUAGUUUGCUUGUCUAAUCCUGUUUUGAGGUUUGAUCCUGCAUGUGCGUGACUAGUUUUGUGCACCUCUGCAGAAUCAUGGCUGUGAUUAGUAAUUAGUGAAAUUUUCUUUGGCUUGAUGAAUGCAGGCAGAAGUUUAGGUAAAGGGUGAGAGAGAGGUUUCAUCUUAGGUGUAUAAAUCAUACAGUUGAGGUUUGGUGGGACUUGGAAGACACAGGAGCAUGGUAACAGAAUACUUCUAUCAGAUAAAAAUAAUUUACCUUCUCAGGAAUCCAGGGGUCAGAGCUGCCUCCUUACCCUCAGCAGCAAGGCUCACCCCUGAAAUCCUGCUUCUUUCUCUUUCUCCCUUCAGAAGCUGAUCUAAACUCACAACUUGCCUGAUAACAAAGCUUGUAAAUGCUGACAAUAGUUAAUCUCUUUACAAAUAUUUGAACAUAUGUUGCUUUCUGUUUACUUGUAAAUGAGAGUUAUGCUAAGCAAAGUCUAAUUUUCUAGGAAAAAUCAGUACACUGACUACACUGGGGCAGUGUCUCAUGUAUUUGACUUUCAACCCAACAGUUCUCUAGAUUCUUUUUGGUGCUGGUACAGCAGAUAGUCAUGAAAUACUUUUCCUUGUAUUUGUUUGGUGUUGGUGUACCAGCUAUGAUCAGUGAAACACCGACACUCUUAUGAGCUUCCCUGUCUCAAAUAACUUCUUGCAUGAGCUCAAAUGUAUUAUAGCCACAGAUCUGAAAGUUUACGAAAUGUCAUGGUUUGCAGGGUAGUCUAUUUCAUUUGUUUAACGUUACUAGUAAGCACUGGCACUGUGGAAGACAGAAUUCCCAUCCCCCUCCCCCACUUUAUUACUGUCUGCAAAGUACAAUUGACUGUAGAUGGUUCUUCAGAGUCCUGAUUAAAUGAAGCUUCCAUUCUUGCACGAAGCCUAAAAGCUGCUAGCUCUAGUCUCUGCUAUUUUGCCAUCUUUCUGAAGGUGCUCUUUUAGAGGUAGAGUUAGAAAGAUGGGUCAGAAAGCUUUCCCUGAAAUAUAUCCAAAUGUAUUUCUUCUGACUCUAGAACUUGGAGUCUUGCUUUUCCCAUCUGCUGGUUUUCACAAGCAUUGGUAUUUCUGGCUGGUGUUAUUCAGUUUGUGUAAUUUCUAUUAACUGUGUUGAAAUAACUUCUGAAGGCUGCAGGAUCAUUAUUUGGAAGGUUAUCAUCUUGUUCUUACUGCCACCAUCUCUCAAAGUAGGUAGUGCAUAAUAGGUUUAGGAUUUCCAAGAACUCUUAGAUUGUUUUCCUUUGAGUGAUAAAUGCUUGAGUUUAAUUUGCUAACGCCGUUCUCUGCCUUGAAUUAUUGUUUCUCAGGUUAAUAUUUUGUCCUGAAUAAUUUCCAACAGAUUACUUUUUUAUUUAAAAAAUGCUUUUUAAAUGUUAUAAAUGAUAUGGCUGUCGAUAUUCUCUUUAGAAUUGGAAAGACGACUACAACAGUACCUUAAAGAUUGCUGAAAAGAUCAGUCUUUGCUAUUCUUGUCUUAUAUGGACAGUGUUUUUGCUUUGUUGCAGACAAUCAUGUACCACGCUUCCUAAGCUGUAGUGAUGACAUAGUGGAAAACAAAGGAAGGCUAAAUGCAGCCAUGUUAAAGACUUCAGUGUUUUAGCAGAAAUGUUAUGCCUGAUAACAAAACAUAUGAUCUGAGUGUCUUGCUGGCUUUACCCUAUUGAUAUCUUAGCCAUCUGCAAAAGUGAUCUGUGAAGGGUGAAAGAACGUGUGAAAAUACUGUGCCUACUGAGUUCCAGUCAUUCCCUGUGCUUUUUAGUUCAUUUCUGAACAAGUGAGAGAUGCAUUUUUAAUUUUUUUAUGGCCAUUUGGCAACAGAGGUGUGAAGAAAAUCGAACUUCUGGAAGACAUUCUUAAUUAAAAAAAAUGGGGUGCUGCUGUUUAAUUUGCUAAUGCUAAAUGGGGUACCGAUUCCUUAUAACAUACUGCUGUGUUUGUUUUUGUUGUUUAGUGUUCUCUGAUUCCUUCCCUCCCAUCCCAUAAGCUUAUGGACAUUCAUUGCGAGCACAAUGUAGCCUCUGUUCUUAAUUUUCCAUUUUGAAAUACAUAUAUAGCUUCCAAAUUAAA